AUGUUAGCUCGACUUCAUAGAAUAACCACAAUAGCAAAACAUAUUGACCCAACAACUCCAUUUGGUGGUAUUAAUAUGAUAUUUCUAGGUGAUUUUGUACAGUAUCCACCAGUGCUUGAUCGACCACUCUAUUCAAAUAUAUUAUCACCCACUGAUACAUUAGCUAAUACUCUGAAUACUAUUAACCAAACUCACAGACAACAACAAAUACGUAAUAAACAUCCAUUAUUUAUGGCCAUGCAGGCUAGAUUAAGAACUGGACAAUGUACUGAUGAUGAUCACGAUAGGUUAUGUAAACGUGUUGUUUCAUCUGAUAAUGAUGUUAAAUCAUUAACAGAAUCACCAUGGAAUUUAGCACCAAUGCUAGUAUUUCGAAAUGAGGUCAGAACAAAUAUUAACAACUAUGGUGUAUUUGAUGAAACUAUUAAGUAUAAUCAAUUAUGA